GGGCUGCCCGCCGGCGGGGCCGCGCCAUGGGGCGGCGGGGCCGGCACCGGGACGCCUGAGCCGCCACCGGACCGGGGGGAUCCGCCGCCACCGCCGCCGCUACUGCUGCUGCCCGGAACCUGGGGGCAGGAUCCGUCCCCGAGGAGCGCGGCGGGGCGAGAGAAUGAAGGAUCCGGCCGGGCAGCAGCAGCAUGGGGCAGCAGUACCUGCGGCGUGCUGACGGGCUCCCGCCGAUGCUCCCGUGGCCCCUGGCCCUCCUGGCCCUGAGCGCGUGCUGCGGGGCGGGCGGCGCGGCCACCGAGCAGCAUGUCUCCGGUCCCGCAUCCCCUUCUUCCCCAUCCUCCUCCUCCUCCUCCUCUGGCCGAGCACCUCUCGACUGGCUCCUCACCGACCGGGGUCCCUUCUACCGAGCCCAGGAGUACGUGGACUUCAUGGAGCGCUACCGGCAGGGUUUCACCACCAGGUACAGGAUCUACAGGGAGUUUGCUCGCUGGAAGGUGAACAACCUGGCCUUGGAGAGGAAGGACUUCUUCAGCUUGCCGCUGCCCCUCGCCCCUGAAUUCAUCCGCAACAUCCGCUUGCUGGGACGCCGGCCCAGCCUGCAGCAGGUCACCGACAGCAUCAUCAAGAAAUACGGGACGCACUUCUUGCUGGCCGCCACGCUGGGAGGAGAGGAGUCCCUGACCAUUUUUGUGGACAAGCGCAAGCUGAGCCACCGGGCAGAGCUGUCGGGGGCCGGGAACGGCUCAGCGGUAUCGCUGGAGACACUGCACCAGCUGGCAGCCUCCUACUUCAUCGACCGUGAGAGCACGCUGCGCCGGCUGCACCACAUCCAGAUCGCCACGGCUGCCAUCAAGGUGACAGAAACGCGGACGGGGCCACUGGGCUGCAGCAAUUACGACAAUCUGGACUCAGUGAGCUCGGUGCUGGUGCAGAGCCCAGAGAACAAGGUGCAGCUGCAAGGGCUGCAGAUGGUGCUGCCCCAUCACCUGAGGGAGCGUUUCGUGGCAGCUGCCCUGAGCUACAUUGCCUGCAGCUCAGUCGGGGAGCUGGUGUGCCGCCGGAGCGACUGCCGCUGCCAAUGCCAGCCCACCUUCCCCCACUGCAACUGCCCCGAGGCCGACAUCCAGGCACUCGAGGGCAACUUGGUCCAGCUCCAGCGCGCCUGGGACAGCCACCACAGCCAGUUCGAGGAGUCAGAGGAGUUUCAGGCCCUGGUGAAGAGGCUCCCAGGGGACCGUUUUCUGAAUAGAACAGCCAUCUCCCACUUCUGGGCCAUGGACCUGGACAUUCAGCACCGCUACCAGCAGCUGGGCACCAGCCUGAAGCUGCUUUCCAGGAAAACCCACCACAUCAUCCGGAGGCUCUUCAACCUCAGCAAACGCUGCCACCGGCAACCCCGCUUCAAACUGCCAAAGGAGAGGCCGCUUCAUUACUGGUGGGGCCGCGCUCAGUCUCUCCUCUACUGCAGUGAGACGACAGUGCCUGGGACCUUCCUGGAAGAAAGCCACAGCUGCACGUGCCCCUCAGAGCAGCCCUCCUGCCAGGGGGCCAUCCCAUGUGCCUUGGGUGAGGGGCCAGCCUGCGCCAGCUGUGCCGAGGACAACAGCACUCGCUGCGGGACCUGCAACCAUGGCUACGUGCUGGCCCAGGGCUUCUGCCGCCCCGAGGUGGCUGACUCGCUGGAGCACUACCUGGGACUGGAGACGGACCUGCAGGACCUGGAGCUCAAGUACCUCCUGCAGAAACGGGACAGCCGCAUCGAGGUGCACUCCAUCUUCAUCAGCAACGACAUGCGCCUGGGGAGCUGGUUUGACCCCUCCUGGAGGAAGCGCAUGCUCCUAACCCUAAAGAGCAACAAGUACAAGCCGGGCCUGGUUCACGUGAUGCUGGCCCUCUCCCUGCAGAUCUGCCUCACAAAGAACAGCACACUGGAGCCCGUCAUGGCCAUCUACGUCAACCCCUUUGGGGGAAGCCACUCGGAGAGCUGGUUCAUGCCUGUCAAUGAGGGCAGCUUCCCAGACUGGGAAAGGACUAACGUGGAUGCCUCCGCCCAGUGCCAAAACUGGACGCUCACCUUGGGCAACAAGUGGAAGACCUUCUUUGAAACAGUCCACGUCUACUUGCGGAGCCGCAUCAAGUCCCUGGACGAUAGCUCCAACGAGACCAUCUACUACGAGCCCUUGGAGAUGGCGGAUCCCUCCAAGAACCUGGGCUACAUGAAGAUCAACAGCCUGCAGGUCUUUGGCUACAGCCUGCCCUUCGAACCGGAUGCCAUUCGCGACCUGAUCUUGCAGCUGGACUACCCCUACACACAGGGCUCGCAGGCCUCGGCCAUGCUGCAGCUGGUGGAGAUCCGGGACCGGGUGAACAGGCUGUCACCCCCCGGCAAAACCCGCCUCGACCUCUUCACCUGCCUGCUCCGCCACAGGCUCAAGCUGGCCAACAACGAGGUGGCCAGGAUCCAGUCCUCCCUGCGGGCCUUCAACACGCGGCUGCCCAACGCGGUGGAGCAGGAGACGGGCAAGCUGUGCAGCUAGCAGCCGGGCCACUCGUGUCUCGGAGUGAGAGGGCCUGGAGAAAAGACUCCCCAGAGAAAAAAUAAAUGAAAAAGCACUCCAAAAAGAAUGAAAUCAAGGCCUUACCUUC